AUGGCGAGUGAACUUGAGAUUGGAGACUCGCGAGUUGAGUUUAUUGCUGAUUAUGUACUCAAAACACUCAAAGUUAAGCCUGACAAAUGGACCAAAAUGUACAGUUUGGACGAGAACAAACAGCUGUUUAUGGACUUUUUCGACAAACAAGAGCUGAACACGCUGGUUGUCAUUGCCACCUCUGCAGGAGGACUGAAUGUACAGUAUGAGUGGCCUGCCAACCCAAAAGCUAAAGCUUGCUACUUUGUGAAGAGGUCAAGAGACCCUGUACAAAAAGAUACAGUCCUCAGGAAUGCCCUCCUAUAUGGUGAUCUCUCUUUGUCACCACUUGACCAAUUAUCUGCUUUCGUUGAUGAGGUUCUUGUUCCUUUGCUGUCCAAUGAACGGAAUCAUGACCAGUGGCCAAAAGUUGUGUCUCAAGACGUCACUCGUCAUGUUCACAACCUGAAGAGCAAUGUGUAUGUCGUGUCUGGCCAGGCAAAAGGGAAGACACUUUUGCCACUUCCUGUUGGAGCAGAAAGAGUGGAGAAUGCUGGAGAAGGUGAAAAAGAAACAUAUGACCGCAGCUUGGUCCAUGCCAUUGAGUCUGUUAUCAUUGAGUGGACUCACCAGAUCAGAGAUGUCCUCAAGCGUGAUUCUGUCCAGCCCUUGCUGGAGGGGCUCAACCCAUCUCCAUUUGUGGAAAUUAAAUUCUGGGAAAACAAGGCUCAGAAUCUUGAGUGCAUUUAUGAACAGCUCAGGGAUCCAAAGGUGAGAAAGAUGGCAGAACUUUUAGAACGUGCAAACAGCAGUUAUUUCCCAUCUUUCAAGAACAUCUUCCGUGAUGUUGUUGCAGCGCUGACGGAGGCCCAGGACAUCAAUAUGCACCUGAAGCCGCUGAGACACCAGCUGGAGGAUCUAGAGCAGGCCGAGUUUGAUGAGUCAGCAAAACUGAUGGCUCCUAUGAUGCACACUGUCUGCUUGGUGUGGACACACUCAAACUACUACAACACACCGGCUCGUAUCAUCGUGCUCCUGCAGGAGAUCUGUAACUUGAUCAUCGAAAUGGCCAGGAACUUUCUGGCUCCCGAUGAACUCUUCAAAGGAGAAGUGGAAGAAGUGAUUGGCAAAGUGCGUAAGUCCUGUGAGGUCUUGGCAGCAUUCCGGACAGCCUAUGAUGACCACAAGAUCAAGCUGGCCUCCUAUUUCAAGGAUGGAAAGGAGGCACGGGAGUGGGAGUUUGCCCCAGAACUUGUUUUUGCUCGCUACACAAAGUUCCAUGAAAGAGUUGAGACCGUCAAGGAACUGAUGGAAGCUGCUCAGGAAUUCUACAAACUAGAGAAAAUUGAGCUGGGAGGAAUUCAGGGAAAGCAACUUAGCUCCCAAGUACAGAACAUUUUCACUGAGUUCAACGAGCAGUACAAGGUGUUCUCUGAGAGGUCCUAUGACUGUCUGGACACCAGCAGUGAUGAAUUUGUUGAAGAUUAUCACCAGUUCUUGGAAAAGAUUGCAGACUUUGACAGAAGAUUGGCCACCAUCAUCUGUCAGGGUUUUGACGAUUGUUCAGGGUUGGAGUCUGUCUUUAAGCUGAUAGACAUCAUGGGAUCAUUGCUUGAACGCCCACUGAUCAAGAAGGACUUUGAUGAGAAGUAUCCAAUUGUUGUGGACAGAAUGCAUAACAUGCUGGAUGAAGCAAAGCUGAUGUAUGACAGACAGGUCCAGUCCAAACAGGAGACAGGCAAGAGUCCCAUCCACAAGAACAUGCCAAACAUGACAGGAUCCUUGAGGUGGUCAAGGGAGUUGGGAGAACGGAUCACUGCACCCAUGUCAACCUACAAGCGGAUGGAGCAUCCCAUCAUGGAGACAGAUAAUGCCAAAUUGGUGUUCACCAAGUAUGAGGAAAUGAUGAGUCUUCUCAACCAGUGGGAUCAGGACAUCUAUGAUGAAUGGACAAAGGGAGUUGACUCUGCUUGUAGCUUCAACCUCAGCCAGCCACUGCUUACCAGGAAUGAGGAGUCGAACCUCAUCUCCGUCAACUUUGACCCUCAGCUGGUUGCUGUCCUUCGUGAAGUGAAGUACUUGGAGAUCCGGAACAAGGAGGAGAUCCCCAACAGUGCCAGUAACAUGUACUCCAAGAACGACACCUUCCGGAAGUUUGUAGCCAACCUGGACCUCACUGUCCAGUGGUACAACAAGGUGCGCAGAACAGUUCUGGAGGUUGAGUAUCCACUCAUUGAAGGUCAACUGGCCGAGAUUGAUCAACAGCUGGAGCAGGCAGAGAAAACUCUGAACUGGGAGAAUGAGGGAGUGUGGGACUACAUCGAGAAGACCAGGGACCGAGUUUAUGACCUCGAGACGCGUGUACAAAAGUCAAAGGACAAUGUGGAGGAGAUCAAGAAGAUUAUGACGACAUGGUCAAAAACACCACUGUUUGAGAGGAAGGAAGACAAACACGACUGUCUUCUGCAGUUGGACGAUAGGGAAGAUCGUAUCAACAAACGCUACAACGAAAUCAAGGCUGCCGGUGACAAAGUCCAUGAACUAGUCAAGCUAAAUCUAGAGUUCUUCAAAGCAGACAAGAGCACAGACAUCUGGAAGGCAUAUGUGGAUUACAUUGAUGAGAUGGUGGUGGAUGGAUUCUUCAACACCAUCCGAUGUAGUUUACAGUUUAUGCUCACUCACACAGAUGCCAAACUGACCCAAGGGCCAUUGUUUGAAGCCAAGUUGGAGCUGCACGUGCCAGAGAUGGUGUUCCUUCCUUCCCUGGACUUCGGUGUUGCAGAUGGCUACUACGAUGAAGUAGACGGUCUGGUGGGAGACAUCUACAAGCAGUCUUCGCUCAUCCCUCGGCUCGCGGAGCACUCUGGUCAGCAGCAUUACCAGCCCGAUUUGGAGGACAUGGAAGAGCUGAGUGAGAUGAGGCAGGAGCUGAUGGACCGAGUGCAGAACAUCAUGAACAAAGCUUGCGAGUACCGCAACUCCUUCGACAACUACGCCUAUCUGUGGGUGGAUGACCGCAAUGAGUUUAUGCGACAGUUCCUUCUGUACAACCACGUGCUCACCACUGAGGAGAUUGAGGCUCAUGCUGACGAGGGUGUACCAGAGAGCCCACCAACACUGGCACAGUUCAAGGACCAGAUUGAUACCUAUGAGAAGAUCUAUGAGGAUGCAGUCCACAUUCAGGACACAGAGUUGUUUGAGCACUGGUUCCGUGUGGAUGCCAAACCCUUCAAACUGUCCUUGCUGAACAUCAUCAAACGCUGGAGCUUCAUGUUCAAACAGCAUCUCAUCGAUCAUGUGACCAACAGCCUGAACAACCUGACAGAGUUCAUCAAGACAACAGACUCAGGCUUGCAGAAAGAGGUUGAGGAUGGCGAUUACAACGGCCUUGUAGAGGUCAUGGGCCACUUGUUUGCUGUAAGGGAGAGGCAGCAGAGCACUGAUGACAUGUUUGAACCACUCAAGCAGACCAUUGAACUGCUCAAAACUUAUGAUCAGGAGAUGCCGGAUGAAGUCCAUGUUCAGCUGCAAGAGUUGCCAGAGCAGUGGAACAACACUAAGAAGAUCAGCAUCACAGUCAAGCAACAGGUGGCCCCUCUACUGGCCAAUGAGGUGACAAACAUUCGCAAGAAGAGUGCCACAUUCGACACCAGCCAGCACAAGUUCAGGGAAAAGUUCCGUGCCAUUCCACCAUUCAGAUACGAGUGUGAGAAGCCAUACGACCAUCUGGACAGGUAUCAUGAAGAAAUCAAGUCAAUGGAGCAGGACAUGGCUCUCCUUAUGGAGUCUGCGAGUCUGUUUGAGGUGAAUAUUCCAGACUUCAAGCAGUUGAAACAGUGCCGCAAGGAGAUCAAACUUCUGAAGACACUGUGGGACUACAUCAUCAUUGUACGCAGCAGCAUCGAUGACUGGAAGACAACACCAUGGAAGGCAAUCAAUGUGGAGCAGAUGGAUUUGGACUGUAAGAAGUUCUCCAAGGACAUCCGUGCCUUGGACAAGGAGAUGCGUGCCUGGGAUGCAUACAUCGGACUGGAGAAUGUGGUCAAGAACAUGUUGACCUCACUGAGAGCGGUCAGUGAGCUGCAGAACCCAGCCAUCAGAGACAGACAUUGGCAGCAACUCAUGGCUGCCACUAAGGUGAAGUUUGUGAUGGACGACAACACGACACUGGCCGACUUGUUGAACCUGAACCUCCACAACUAUGAGGACGAGGUCCGAACCAUUGUGGACAAAGCAGUGAAGGAGAUGAGCAUGGAGAAGGUGCUAAAAGAGCUGGACAGCACAUGGUCAACCAUGGAGUUUGAACAUGAAAAACACCCACGCACCGGCAUCACCAUCAUCAAGACAUCUGAGGAGCUCAUUGAGACACUUGAGGACAACCAGGUGCAACUGCAAAACAUGAUGACAUCUAAGUACAUCGCUCACUUCCUGCAAGAAGUGUCCAUGUGGCAGAAGAAGCUGUCCACCGCUGACCAGGUCAUCUCCAUCUACAUGGAGGUACAGCGAACAUGGUCCCAUCUGGAGUCCAUCUUCAUUGGCUCAGAGGACAUCAGAAAGCAGCUUCCGGAGGACUCCAAGCGUUUUGACAACAUUGACACCGACUUCAAGGAGUUGGUCAGUCAGGUAGAGAAAACAACCAAUGUGGUAGACUCCACCAACCAACCCAACCUGUUUGAAAAAUUGGAGGGCCUGCAGGACCAACUGGCACUUUGUGAGAAAGCCUUGGCUGAGUAUCUUGAGACCAAGCGUCUUGCCUUCCCCAGGUUCUACUUCGUGUCGUCUGCUGAUCUGUUGGACAUCCUGUCCAACGGAAAUGACCCUGUCACGGUGGCUAAACACUUGACCAAACUGUUUGAUUCAAUGGCCAAGUUGAAGUUUGAGACAGACAAAGAUGACAACCCCAUCAAGAAUGCCCUGGGCAUGUACAGUAAAGAUGGAGAGUAUGUCGAUCUCAACAACCCCUGUGAUCUCAAUGGGCAGGUUGAAAACUGGCUGAACCGUCUCUUGGAAGCAAUGAAGGCUACCGUGAGACAUGAAAUGACUGAAGCUGUCGUGGGCUAUGAGGAGAAGCCCCGUGACCAAUGGCUCUUUGACUACCCUGCACAGGUGGCGCUGUGCGGCACACAGAUCUGGUGGACCACCGAGGUCAACAUGGCAUUUGGUAGACUGGAAGAAGGCUACGAGAACGCUCUAAAGGACUACAACAAGAAGCAGAUUCAGCAGCUGAACGCUCUAAUCACCAUGUUGCUGGGAGACCUCACCAGUGGCGACCGCCAGAAGAUUAUGACUAUUUGCACAAUUGAUGUGCACGCUCGUGAUGUUGUGGCCAAAAUGAUAACACAGAAGAUCGACAGUUCUCAGGCUUUCCUGUGGCUGUCACAGCUGAGACAUCGCUGGGAUGACAAUGAGCGUGACUGUUUUGCCAACAUUUGCGAUGCUCAGUUCCGCUACUCCCAUGAGUACCUGGGCAACACCCCACGUCUGGUCAUCACACCCCUCACUGAUAGAUGCUACAUCACACUGACCCAGUCUCUGCAUCUCAUCAUGUCCGGAGCUCCAGCUGGGCCUGCUGGAACCGGCAAGACAGAGACCACCAAGGAUCUGGGCAGAGCCCUCGGCAUCAUGGUCUACGUGUUCAACUGCUCAGAGCAGAUGGACUACAAGUCCAUUGGCAACAUCUAUAAGGGGUUGGCACAGUCUGGCUCCUGGGGAUGUUUUGACGAGUUCAACCGCAUUGCUGUGGAGGUCUUGUCCGUGGUAGCUGUCCAGGUGAAGACAAUCCAGGAUGCGAUCAAGGACAAGAAGAAACGCUUCAACUUCCUGGGUGAGGAGAUCAACCUGAUCCCCAGCGUAGGAAUCUUUAUCACCAUGAACCCAGGUUAUGCCGGCCGCACAGAGCUCCCUGAAAACCUCAAAGCUCUGUUCAGACCAUGCGCUAUGGUGGUGCCUGACUUUGAGUUGAUUUGUGAGAUCAUGUUGGUGGCUGAGGGCUUCCUUGAUGCCCGUCUCUUGGCCAGGAAGUUCAUCACACUGUACAGUCUGUGCAGAGAACUCUUGUCAAAACAGGACCACUACGAUUGGGGUUUGAGAGCCAUCAAGUCUGUGCUUGUGGUGGCCGGUGCCCUCAAGAGGAGUGACCGUGGUCGACCAGAAGACCAGGUGCUGAUGAGAGCUUUGCGAGAUUUCAACAUCCCCAAGAUUGUGAUUGACGACAUGCCUGUGUUCAUGGGUCUCAUUGGAGACCUGUUCCCAGCACUGGACGUGCCCAGGAAGAGGAACAUGGAGUUUGAGGCCAACAUCAAGCAGGCCACGCUGGACCAGAAACUGCAGGCAGAGGACAACUUCAUUCUGAAGAUUGUACAACUGGAAGAGUUGUUUGAAGUGCGUCACUCCGUCUUCCUGCUGGGAAAUGCUGGAACAGGCAAGAGCCGUGUCUGGGCAACUUUACAGCGCACAUACAAAAACCUUGGCAAGAAGCCAAAUGCUGUUGACCUCGACCCUAAGGCUGUGACCAAUGAUGAGCUGUUCGGUGUCAUCAACCCGGCCACCAGGGAGUGGAAGGAUGGUCUGUUCUCCGUCAUCAUGAGGGACCUGGCUAACAUGUCCGGCGAUGGACCCAAGUGGAUCGUACUGGACGGAGACAUUGACCCCAUGUGGAUCGAGUCUCUGAACACUGUCAUGGACGACAACAAGGUGUUGACCCUUGCCAGUAACGAGCGUAUCCCGCUGACUCCAUCUAUGCGUCUGCUGUUUGAGAUCAGCCAUCUGCGCACAGCCACACCCGCCACAGUUUCUCGGGCUGGUAUCCUCUUCAUCAAUGCACAAGAUCUUGGCUGGAACCCCUAUGUCCAGAGCUGGAUUGACACCCGGGAGGUCCAGUCUGAACGAGCCAACUUGACCAUCUUGUUUGAGAAGUAUGUGCCCUUGUGCCUGGAGAUGCUGCGGAGCCGCUUCAAGAAGAUCACUCCCAUCGCAGAGAUUGCUCAUGUGCAGAUGUUGUGCUUCCUGCUGGAGGUGUCCUUGACCCCCGAGAACACGCCACCCGACUGCCCCAAGGAACUCUACGAGCUCUACUUUGUUUUUGCCUGUGUCUGGGCCUUUGGAGGGGCCAUGUUCCAAGAUCAGCUGGUUGACCACAGAGUCGAGUUCACCAAGUGGUGGGUCACAGACUUCAAGACCAUCAAGUUCCCAUCUGCAGGCACUGUCUUUGACUACUACAUUGACCCAGAGACCAAGAAGUUUGAACCCUGGACAAAGAAAGUGCCCAAGUUUGAAUAUGACCCAGACAUUCCCCUGCAGGCCACGCUUGUGCACACAGCUGAGACUAUCCGCGUGAAGUACUUCCUGGAUCUCCUUGUGGAGACCCGCCGUCCUGUCAUGUUGGUGGGCAAUGCAGGCACAGGCAAGACUGUGCUGAUGCAGGAUAAGCUGAACAACCUCACAGAAGACUACAUGGUGGCCAACGUGCCCUUCAACUUCUACACCACCAGCGAGAUGUUGCAGAGAGUGCUGGAGAAGCCCCUUGAAAAGAAAGCUGGUCGUAACUUUGGCCCCCCUGGUGCCAGGCGACUGAUCUACUUUGUGGAUGACAUGAACAUGCCAGAGGUGGACAAGUACUACACGGUACAGCCUCACACGCUGAUCAGACAGCACAUUGACCAUGGCCAUUGGUAUGACAGGCAGAAGCUCUCACUCAAGGACAUCCACAACACACAGUAUGUCUCCUGCAUGAACCCCACAGCUGGAAGUUUCACCAUUGACUCCAGACUGCAGAGACAUUUCUGCGUGUUUGCACUGAGUUUCCCGAACCAGGAUGCACUGUUCACCAUCUACACAAGCAUCCUGAGCCAGCAUCUAUCCAUGUGCAACUUUGUGGGCGCAGUGCAGAAGUUCACCAACAACUUGGUCAACGGAGCACUUAGCAUGCAGAACAAAAUCACCACCACUUUCCUGCCCACAGCCAUCAAGUUCCACUACAUCUUCAACCUCAGGGACAUGUCUAACAUCUUCCAGGGCAUUCUGUUUGCCGGCGCGGAGUGCUGCAAGACCCCACCUGAUCUGGUGCGUCUGUGGCUGCAUGAGGCUGAGAGAGUUUACAGAGACAAAUUGGUGGAUGAGAAGGACAUGGAGACGUUUGACAAGCUCAAGAAGGACAUUGUCAAGAAAUGCUUUGAGGAUCUCCCUGAGGAAGUCAUCUUCAAGCAGCCUCUCAUUUACUGCCACUUUGCCCAAGGCAUCGGUGACCCCAAGUACCUGCCAGUGGAGACCUGGGCAGAUGUGAACAAAGUGCUCAUCGAGGCCCUUGACAACUACAAUGAGCUCAAUGCAGCCAUGAAUUUGGUGCUCUUUGAGGAUGCCAUGUCUCAUGUGUGCCGCAUCAACCGUAUCCUGGAGUCACCUCGAGGCAACGCCCUGCUCAUUGGUGUGGGCGGUAGUGGCAAACAGUCUCUGUCUCGUCUCGCCGCAUCCAUCAGUGGGCUGGAGGUGUUCCAGAUCACACUGAGGAAAGGAUACGCAAUCCCAGAUCUGAAGGUAGAUCUAGCAGCUCUCUACCGCAAAUCCGGUGUCAAAGGCAUCGGUAUCAUGUUCCUGAUGACUGACGCUCAGGUGGCAGAGGAGAGCUUCCUGGUGUUGAUCAACGACUUAUUGGCUUCUGGCGAAAUCCCUGACCUGUUUGCGGAUGAUGAGGUGGAGGAGAUCAUCGCUGGUGUCAGGAAUGAAGUCAAGGGUCUUGGAAUGGAAGACUCCAGAGAGAACUGUUGGAGGUUUUUCAUUGAUCGAGUGCGCAGAGUGCUGAAGGUUGUCCUUUGCUUCUCCCCCGUGGGUUCAACCCUCCGAGUGCGUAGCCGCAAGUUCCCUGCAGUGACCAAUUGCACAUCCAUUGACUGGUUCCAUGAGUGGCCCGAAGAGGCUCUCAAGUCUGUCAGUGCUCGCUUCCUAGAGGAUGUUGAGCUGCUUUCGCCCGAUAUGCGCGAGUCGAUCUCUCACUUCAUGUCCUUUGUGCACAAGUCAGUGAAUGAAGUGUCACAGCAGUUCCUGUCCAACGAGCGCCGCUAUAACUACACCACACCUAAGUCCUUCUUGGAGCAGAUCACACUGUACCAGAACUUGCUCACCAAGAAAAACCACGAGCUGCAGGCCAGCAUUGUGCGUUUGGAAAAUGGUCUCGAGAAACUGCGCAGCACAGCCUCACAGGUCGACGAUUUGAAAUCCAAGCUGGCAUCACAAGAAGUGGAACUGGCCAUCAAGAAUGAGGAUGCAAACAAAUUGAUUCAGGUGGUCGGUGCAGAGACUGAGAAAGUGACAAAGGAGAAGACGAUUGCUGAUGAGGAGGAGAAGAAAGUGUCUCAGAUCACAGCGGAGGUGGAGAUCAAGGCCAGGGACUGUGAGAAUGAUUUGGCCAAAGCAGAGCCUGCCCUAGAGGCUGCCAAAGAAGCUUUGAACACUCUCAACAAGAACAACUUGACAGAGCUGAAGUCAUUCGGUGCGCCGCCACCUGCUGUCACCAACGUGACAGCCGCUGUCAUGUGUCUUCUGUCGCCUGGAGGAAAGGUUCCGAAGGACAAGUCCUGGAAAGCUGCUAAAGCCAGCAUUAUGAACAAAGUGGACCAGUUUUUGGACAACCUCAUCAACUAUGACAAGGACAACAUCCAUGAGAACUGCCUGAAGGCUGUUCAGCCCUACCUCGCUGAUCCAGAGUUUGAGCCUGACAACAUCAGGGGGAAGUCCUUUGCUGCUGCAGGUCUGUGUUCCUGGGCUGUGAAUAUUGUCAGGUACUAUGAGGUGUACUGUACCGUUGAGCCAAAGCGUAUAGCCCUCAAUCAGGCCAACUCGGAACUGUCAGCUGCCCGUGAGAAACUCAGGGUCAUCAAGAACAAAGUGUCGGAGCUGGAGGAGACUCUAGCCAAGUGUCAGGCAGAGUUUGAGGAAGCCACAUCAGAGAAACUGCGCUGCCAACAGGAAGCAGAGACAACAGCCAAGACCAUCGAGCUGGCUAACCGUCUGGUCGGUGGACUUGCCUCUGAGAACGUCCGUUGGGCAGACUCCAUCGCAAACUUCAAGGAGAAUGAGAAGACAUUGCCAGGUGAUGUGCUCAUGAUCACAGCGUUCGUCUCCUACGUUGGCUCUUUCACAAAGAUGUACCGCACAGACCUGAUGGACAGUCAUUGGCUGCCAUACCUCAAGGGUCUCAAGAACCCAAUCCCAGUCUCAGAGGGCCUUGACCCCCUGACCCUGCUCAUUGAUGAUGCUCAGGUCGCCUCAUGGAACAAUGAGGGUUUGCCUGGGGAUCGCAUGUCCACUGAGAAUGCCACCAUUUUGACAAACUGCGAGAGGUGGCCUCUGAUGAUUGAUCCUCAGCUGCAAGGCAUCAAGUGGAUCAAGACCAAGUAUGGGGCAGAUCUCAAGGUCAUCCGACUUGGAGUGAAGGGAUACUUAGAGGCCAUCGAGCGUGCGGUGCAGUCAGGCGAUGUGGUGCUCCUAGAGAACAUUGAGGAGAAUGUUGACCCUGUGCUUGACCCACUGCUGGGCAGAAACACCAUCAAGAAGGGACGCGCCAUCAAGAUGGGUGACAAGGAAGUGGAAUACCACAAGGACUUCAGGCUCAUCCUUCAGACCAAGCUGGCAAAUCCCCACUACAAGCCAGAGAUGCAGGCCCAGACCACUCUGAUCAACUUCACUGUCACCAGGGACGGAUUGGAAGACCAGCUGCUGGGUGCUGUGGUGUCCAAGGAAAGACCUGACCUGGAAAAGCUCAAAUCUGACCUGACCAGACAGCAGAACGAGUUCAAGAUCACACUCAAAGGUCUUGAGGAUAACCUCCUGGCACGUCUGUCUGCGGCCGAAGGCAACUUCCUGGGUGACUACGCGUUGGUGGAGAACUUGGAGACCACCAAGAGAACUGCUGCAGAGAUUGAGGUCAAGGCUGCUGAGGCCAAGGUCACGGAGGUGGAGAUCAACAAUGCUCGUGAGAACUACCGUAUAGCGGCUGCGAGAGCAUCUCUCUUGUACUUCAUCAUGAAUGAUCUGCAUAAGAUCAACCCCAUGUACCAGUUCUCUCUCAAGGCAUUCAGUGUGGUGUUCGACAAAGCCAUCGACCGUGCUGAGCCAGCAGAGGAGCUGAAGCAAAGAGUCAUCAACCUCAUUGACUGCAUCACGUACUCAGUCUACAUCUACACUACCAGAGGUCUCUUUGAGAAAGACAAGCUGAUCUUUGGCACUCAGAUGACCUUCCUGAUCCUUGUCAUGGGCAAUCAGCUGAACCCCGUGGAGCUGGACUUCCUGUUGAGAUUCCCAGCAGUGCCCAAUCUGACCACACCCGUGGACUUCCUCAACAACAAUUCCUGGGGAGGCAUUAAGGCCCUGGCCGCCAUGGAAGAGUUCCGUAAUCUUGACCGUGACAUCGAGGGCUCCGCCAAACGCUGGAAGAAGUUUGUGGAGAGUGAGUGUCCGGAGAAGGAGAAGUUCCCACAGGAGUGGAAGAACAAGACCUCAUUGCAGAAGUUGUGCAUGAUGAGGGCACUCCGACCUGACAGGAUGACUUAUGCUGUCACGAACUUCAUUGAGGAGAUGCUGGGAACCAAGUAUGUGGAAGGCCGAGCUGUGGAAUUUGCCAAAUCAUUUGAAGAGUCUGGUCCAGCCACGCCCAUCUUCUUCAUUCUCUCCCCUGGUGUGGACCCUCUGAAGGAUGUGGAGAGCCUGGGCAAGAAGCUCGGCUUUAACACUGACAGCAACAACUUCCACAACAUCUCCCUGGGUCAAGGUCAAGAGAUUGUAGCUGAGCAAGCCAUGGACCUGGCUGCCAAGGAAGGUCACUGGGUCGUUUUGCAGAACGUCCAUCUUGUCGCCAAGUGGUUGUCUCGUCUGGAGAAGAAGAUUGAAGAGUUCUCCACCGAGAGCCACGAGAACUACCGUCUGUUCAUCAGUGCAGAGCCGGCAGGUAGCCCGGAUGCCCAUAUCAUUCCCCAAGGUAUCCUGGAAUCGGCCAUCAAAAUUACAAAUGAGCCGCCAACUGGGAUGUACGCCAACUUGCACAAGGCCUUGGACAACUUCAAUCAGGACACUCUUGAGAUGUGCGCUCGUGAGAGUGAGUUCAAGUCUAUCCUGUUUGCCCUGUGCUACUUCCAUGCUGUGGUCUGUGAGCGCCGUAAGUUCGGCCCUCAAGGUUGGAACCGUGUGUACCCAUACAACACGGGAGACUUGACCAUCAGCAUGAAUGUGCUGUACAACUACUUGGAAGCCAAUGCCAAGGUACCUUGGGAAGAUCUGCGUUACCUGUUUGGAGAAAUUAUGUACGGAGGCCACAUCACUGAUGAUUGGGACAGACGACUUUGCCGAACAUAUCUGGAGGUCUACAUGCAUCCUGAUAUGCUUGACGGUGAGCUGUUCUUAGCUCCCAGCUUCCCAAUCCCGCCCAACUCUGACUACAAAGGCUACCACACGUACAUUGAUGAGUGCCUGCCUCCAGAGAGCCCAUACCUCUAUGGUCUGCAUCCAAAUGCUGAGAUUGAGUUCCUGACCACCACAUCUGAGAACUUGUUCCGUACUGUGUUUGAGAUGCAGCCACGAGAUGCGGGUGCUGGUGCUGGCGCAGGAGUCAGUCGUGAGGAGAAGGUCAAGUCCAUUCUGGAUGAGAUUGUAGAGAAACUUCCGGAUGAGUUCAACAUGGUGGAGAUCAUGGCUAAGGUGCCGCCGGAGGAGAGAACUCCUUACGUCGUGGUCGCUUUCCAGGAAUGUGAACGCAUGAACAUGCUCAUGAGUGAGAUACGCCGCUCCCUCAAAGAACUCGAUCUUGGUCUCAAGGGUGAGCUGACCAUCACCGCAGACAUGGAAGAUCUCAGCAACAGCCUGUUCCUGGACAAUGUGCCAGCCAACUGGGCCAAGCGUGCCUACCCAUCGCUGUUUGGCUUGUCUGCCUGGUAUGCUGACCUUCUGCAGAGGGUCAAGGAGUUGGAGACAUGGACAUCUGACUUCCAGCUGCCAGCUGCUGUCUGGCUGGGUGGCUUCUUCAACCCCCAGAGUUUCCUGACAGCCAUUAUGCAGCAAAUGGCCAGAAAGAAUGAGUGGCCACUGGAUCGCAUGUGUCUGCAGUGUGACGUGACAAAGAAGUCAAGGGAGGAUAUGGCAGGCCCACCUCGUGAGGGUGCUUACGUCCACGGUCUGUUCAUGGAAGGUGCCCGCUGGGACAUGCAGACUGGUAUGAUCGGAGAGGCUCGCCUCAAAGAUCUCGCACCACCAAUGCCCGUCAUGUUUAUCAAGGCAAUCCCUGUGGACCGCAUGGACGUCCGUAGUGUAUACGAGUGUCCCGUCUACAAGACCAAGAGCCGAGGCCCAACCUUUGUCUGGACCUUCAACCUCAAGUCCAAGGAGAAGCCCAGCAAGUGGGUCCUUGGAGGAGUUGCACUCCUGCUGCAGGUCUAAGGUCACGAAACAGGGUCACAGGCCGAGGUCAAAACUACUGCUGAGCUUUUGAACCUUGUGAAAAAAUUUUGGGUUUUUUCUUUCUGUUUUUGGUUUGUUUGUUUGUUUGUUUGUUUGUUUGUUUUUUGUUUUUUUUUAUUUACAGAAGAAGAUAUGUUAUAAAGCAUUUAUUUAUCAGUAAAAAGUAAAACAAUAAGUGAGUGACAAGUCUUGCUGCUGGUCUUACGACAAUGAUGCAGGACUGGCUGAGAUUUUAAGGUCUUAAUGAAGAUACAGCUAGAGUGGAUGCAGAAGUUUGAUGUUGACUGAAUGCAGAAUUAUUCCUUUACAAUUCUGUUCUUCCUUAAUCAAUGGUGUGCUUGUCCCGGCAAGCCAAUAGAGUGAUGAUGCCAUCAGAGCAAGAAAGAUUGCCACAUUGUGUGACGCCUUGGGUGAUGAUGUCAUCUGAGCGAGUGUCCUGGUGGAGUCGAUUUUGUUACUGCGGCAGAAUGAAGGCUAUAUGAUAUGCAGUGUACCAGUAGCAAGAAAUUUUGACAAUAGGGAAACUGUGUCCAAUGUGGAUAGGGAAAAUAUGUAUGUAUUGUGGCUUGUCAUUUUUGUAAUAGAUAGUUCUUUUAUUCUGUUUAUGUAAGAGCUUUUCCGCAGUUUGACUGCCAUAUGUGUUUUCUAUCUCACUGUGAUAAUUUAUUGAUUUUGAAUGAGAUAGUUCUUGUAAAAGUCUUUUAGAUGUAGAUUCCAUAUGAAAUUUCUACUGUUGAAAGUUAAGUUUAAAUCCUCAUCUGCUAAAAUGGAAGAGUUAACAAAUUUUUAUGUACCGCGAUAUUAAUGUCUGGUCCGUCCAAGUACCUUAUGCAUGUCAAAAACUAUGCCAAAAUAUGUACCAUAUAUAGUCUCAAGUUUAUGCUUUGAGCUAAUGUGACAUUCCAAUAUGUUGUUUUUUUUACUCCUUAUACAAAAUAUUCAAAGUGAUUUAAAAAUGUGAUAAUAAACACCAAUAUUAUGCUCUA